GUGACCGGUGGCGUCUUUGGGAAAACGGCGUCAUCCACACCCAGAAGGCGUCCCUCUCUUCCGACGGGAGGCACGGCGACUGCCGCCGCCGCCGCAGCAGCAGCAGCAGCAGCCGAGUCGCGCCUCAUCUCCACGGACGCCGAGAGGGCAGGAAGCUAAAAGAUGUGAAGCGACGAAGGCGAAGAUGUGCUCCAAGGCGGCAGAACUCGGGCCGACGGCCUCUUCCGACCCGGCGCUCAUCCUGGAGCUGAAGACCCGGCGUCCGCCGUCGUUAGAAGGUCGGCCCGGCUGCGAGACGUGGAGCGUGGAUUUCUCCCCCGACGGAGCUUGGUUCGCCUGGUCCAUGGGGCACGGCAUCGUGUGGGUGGUCGCCUGGCCCCUCGACUCGCAAGAAGAUCGGGACGGCGAGGCGGACCGAGGAGAUAAAAGCUUCAGUUGCGGCCAUCCCGUGUGGGGGCUGGCCUUCGGCCCGCGACUUCCCGACGAGUCGGACCCACGUCACGGCGGCGAACGGACGCUUCUUUUGGCGACCGGCUUGGAAAACGGCCUCAUCAAAAUCUGGAACGUUCUGACGGGCGUGGCCGUAUUGGACCUUCACGGCCACGAGGGCGUGGUGCGGAACCUGCUCUUCCCUCCCAACGGGACGCCGACGUUGGUGUCCUCGUCUCGCGACAAGACCCUGCGGGUGUGGGACUUGGCGCGCAAAGGCAAGAAUGUUCACGUGCUGUCCGGCCACAAAGACUGGAUCAGCUGCUGCUGCGUGUCGUCGGACUGCAGCAUGAUGGCCACCGUGGGGCGCUUUGACAGGAUGGUGUGCCUGUGGAGCCUCCGCUCGUACACGCUCAUCCGCAACCUGACGGGCGGCGCCCACAAGACGCUCUACCUGCUGUCGGCGUGCGACUUCUCACCCGACGGCGCGCUGCUCGCCACCGCCGCUUUCAGCGGGGCCAGCUGGUGGAUCGACCUGUGGGACCCGUACACGGCGGAGAAGCUGGCCACGCUCGUAGACUACUUCGAGGACUACGGCCAAAACCAGAUCUCGUCCAUCCAGUUCUCUCCCAGCGGCUUGAACUUGGCCAUCGUGACGGACGACAGAGCUCUGGGCAUCUGGGAACCCGGAAAGCCGGGCCUGAGCAUGCGGACCGAAGCCGACCGGGACUCCAACGGCCUGUGCUGCAAAUACCAUCCGCGAGGGGGAGUCAUCGCCACUGGAACCCGCGACGGCCACGUGAGGUUUUGGCGCGCGCCGCGCUCCGUCCCGCCUCUGCGCCACCUGUGCCGCGCCGCCCUGCGCUACUCGGUGUCCACGCACCAGCUGGAACCGCUGCCCCUGCCCAAGCGCAUCCUCCAGUACCUCACGUAUCGCGACAUCGCCGCCUCCCACUUGCGUUAAUGGCAGGCGGAGCGGGGAGAAAAAAAAUUGCUCUUUUUUUAAAUGAUUCUUGCACUAGCACCAUUUGAUACUGCUGCUAAUUUAUUGAAUUGUAAACUGUAAUGCAACACUACUGUAUACAUGCAUGUUAAUAACUUUGAUUACAAAUUUGAAAGGCAUUUGGUUUUGAGGUUCAUUUACAAUAGGCUCAUUCCUUUGAGCUCAUUAGAAAACAGAUCUAAAGAGGAGUAUGAAAGAAAGAUGAAACAUUUUUUUCAUGGUAUAUAGCAGGGGUGGGCAAACUAUUCUACAAAGGGCCGCCGUUUUGUUCCGACACAUCAUGAGACAGACUUUCACCAAUCUGGUGUCUUACGAGUGCAAUCAGUCAGGUGCUUCUUGUUUCCACUGAAACCUCAUUAAACUGUCCGUGCCAAAUCAGUCUGAACACAGACCAGGACCCACUAGGACACAGGUGUCAAACCAAUUCCAGAAAGGGCCGAGGUGGUGCAGGUUUGCGUUCCAACCAAUGAAGAGGACACCUUUUCACCAAUUAGAGCUUUUACAUGUGUAAUCAGUUCAACUUUGUCAGGUGCUGCUUGUUUCAGCAGGAAGUUCAUUGGUUAAACUCUGCGCAUUAUUGGUUGGAACAAAAUCCAGCACCCACUAGGCCCUUUCUGGAAUCGCUUUGACACCUGUGCACUAGGACCUCUUUGCCCACCCUGGUAUAGACAUUUAAGCCACUUGUUUGAAGACACCCACUUUUUACGCCACGAUGGCACCAUAUAUCCGCUCUGAAUAUAUGAUCUAUUUGGUGAAGGGUUCACGUGUCCAUAGUAACCAAACUCCACUCGAUGAUUGCACGUCCAAAAACGGAGCCAUCGGUCGGUCUGCUUUUAAAAGCCAGUCAUUCUAGUAUUUAUUGCACUUUGCUAUAUUACUUCUGCUAUGUAAAAUACGGAUUAUAGGAAGGCUAGAAUCAAUAAAAUGUUAAUCAUUUGAGAUGAGGGCUGUCCGUCAUAUCGGACAUCAAAGGAAGUUGGCCGUCCAUAAAAUUUUGCAGUUAAAAAAAAAAAAAACGCACUUCAUUUUGGUUUGUUGCUUGGGCAAAACAAGUCAUCUACAAGAGAAUGCAGAUAAGCUUUGGUUUCUAACUCUUGAAGGCCUGCAACAUGAAGCAAUUGUCAGAAAAUCUCCAAAAUUAAAAAUGAGGUCUUAUUGGAACUUUUCAAAUUUGUAAAAAAAAAAAAAAAAAUAUUUAAAAAGUAACUGCUCUACAAUCCUUGCUAAAUCCAGAUUUUUUUUUUCCUCGUGGAAGCUGCAGAUGCAUGUGUUGACUUGCAUCCAUCAAUUUAAGAAAAUUCUGAAUAUCUCAAAAUAAUGAAAUUCAAAGUGUAUUAAAUGUGAUCAUAGACUUCAUAAUGAUAUGGGCGGGACACAUUCCCCAGACACUGCGCCACGCCUUCAAGUAGGGGCCGUUGUCCCACACUCCGCUUCAAAGUCGGUCACAGUUAUUCUCAAACACAUGCAGCGAUCCAACACCGGAUUUAGGAUUGAAAAAGUAUGAAAGCUGUACCGCAUACAAACAGGACGGAUUGUCUCAGGAGUGAUUUGUUCAAGGAUUCAAGGUAAUUAUUAUAGUUUUCAUACCAGCCAUGCAUUUUGAAAUGUGAAAAAAAUCAAUGGGAGAAUGGGAACCGCUACUGCAUUGGCAUUAUACUUUGCAAUAUUUACAUCAAAUAAAUGCUAUCUGCACGUUUUGUUUUUGCUUUUAACCAAGAAUAGACUGUUUUAUGUCCAUAUCUAUAAAGUAUUCAGAGGUUUAAGCAUUUAUUCACAAGAAUUUUCAAUGAAAAAAGCUCUUUGUGUUUCCACUCGGUCAGCUUUGACGGAGAUAGGCCCCUUGUACCUUCAAUAGUACAUUAUGAAGUCUAUGGCCCCCUACUAAUCGGCCCCGUCAAUAUAUUAUGAGGUCUAUGACGUGAUAUAUUUGGCUAUAAAGGGUUAAUGGAACAUUUUUAGCUAACACUUGGUUUAAGAAAGUUUCAUGUGUACAAAUGGUGUAUAUUUGAUGAAAUCCUUUUUCGUUUGUGUAGAAAAGAUCAACUUUUUAAAAACCAGUGAACUUUGUGGUGGAAAUUUAAUAAAACCUCAUUGCAUGCUAUUGAUGGCGCUAGAUGUCUCUGAAUCGUUCAAACUGUGAGGACUGACUGAUCGCUCGUUUCAGUGACAGCCAAUCAAUUCAAUGAUUAGGGUUAAAAAAAUACAGUCAUGUAGCAAAGGGUUCAAAGAAAAAAAGUUGUUUUUUUUUAUCCAAAAAGUUGUAUUUUAAUGAAGUCUGACACUUCGACCAAAAAGUUUUGACUGAAACGGGGGACUCGCCGUCCGUCAGCGGGCCUCUUCGACCACCAUGUCGCGUACGGUCUGGAACGCCGCCACCAUGGAGCUCAGUUGGAUCU